UAAAGCUAAAAGUGUAAGACUUAUAAAAAAAAAUACAAAAAUCUAUUUCGAAAAUUAAUAUAAAAUUUUUUCACACACAGCAUUUAAACUUGUGAAAUUCAAGUCCUAAAAAGCACUUUUAAAAAUAAUGAAUCGAUUGUAACAAUCAUAUAAAAUUUUAAAUUAUUAUCUAAUACUUUCGUUUUCUUUAAAAAUCAAACUUAAAAUUGAGAACAAUACAAAACAUGCACACAGUAAAAAGUUCCUAUAUCAUGAUUAUUCAGUAUUACACAUCUCUAUAAAACUGAAUUAUAAAUUUCUAAACCUUAAAAAUUAGCAUUACUCUGAAUCCGAAGGCAGUACGCAUCAGUACUUCAAUGCAAUACGUAACAGUACUAUACAUGCAAUAUGCAAUUUAAGUCUCUAAAAACAACAUUACUUAAGUAUCUUUUCAUACAUAAUUAAUCAAAUUAUAUUUUGGACUCCAACAACAUUGUCAUUAAUUCCCAAAAGCCAGCAUUAUACUCUGUUAUGCGUUAUAAUCAAUCACUGCAAAUAAUCAUUAAAAACCUGCAUUACAACAGAGUAUCCGAAAUCAGUAAGCAUCAACACUUCCGUAUAAUACUUAACAGUAAUUACUUAAGUCUCCAAAGACAACAUUACUAAUAACCUAUUCACACGUCAAUAAAUAAACACUCCUGAUAUCUGUGACACGUCAACAAAUAAACACUCCUGAUAUCUGUAACAUGUCAAUAAAUAAACGCUCAUGAUAUCUUUGACACGUAAAUGAUGUAACACUCCUGAUAUCUCUAACACGUAAAUGACUAAUCACUGAUAUUUAAAUUUUUACUGUAGAUAAUAAAACAUAACAUAACGUACAAGAAUGUACAACCGGUUUUUUCCCCCAACAUGAUCCCCAAAAAACGGUUGACUCUGACAGUAUUUUGGAUGGCGCUCUCUUUACUUGUUAUGUUACCAUCUUCAAAACAAGACAGUAUCCAUUUUUUUAACGCGUCCCUAUCAUCCGCCUAUGAAGCUACGGGAUUUGGAGAUCUGUACCACAAUGUCACCGUUUACCCUGAAGGUGCCAUUUGGAAUGCAGAACUCAUUCAGAGAGUGGUGACAUUGGCGAUCAUUAUGACCGCCACUCUGGUUGGAAAUACCAUCAUAGUAUUGGUACUUUCUCGCUCAAGAUACAGGAAGAGGUCUUCCAGAGUGAAUAUAUUUAUCCUCAACUUGGCAAUUGGCGAUCUUCUGGUGUGCUUGAUUACAAUGACUUCCGAACUUCUCUUUGAGGUUUUUGGUGAAUGGGUUCUUGGCGCUGUUGCAUGCAAAGUAAUUGUAUAUGGCCAAAUUGUAACAUUGGCGAGCACAACUUUCAUCUUGACGACAAUGAGCUAUGACCGCUACCAAGCCAUUUGUUCUCCAUUACACAGCACAGGAGGAGUUAAACAAGCCAAACGGAUGAUAGCUGGUUCUUGGCUUUUAGCCUUUGUCUUUGCCAUUCCUCAAAUUUUCAUUUUUGUCCAGAAAGAAAACGGCAUAACGGAAUCCGGUCGUAUCCGCUACGAAUGCUUAAGUAGAGGUUACACAGCUCCUUGGCAGCGGAAAGUAUAUUUCAUGUGGCUCACUUUUUAUAUAUUAAUAAUUCCUGCCGGAUGCAUAAGUUACUGCUACAUCAAUGUCUUAAGAACUGUGUGGGCAGCCGGACAAGACGGCAGUCGAACCACCUCCUCAGCCAGUUCAGGAAGUGGAGAAACUGUUCAUUCCACUAUCCGGCUUCGAAGAUCAUUUAAUGCCGCCUCCACCAUCCCUCGAGCAAAGAUAAAGACAUUGAAGUUAACAGUUUGCAUUAUAGCUAGUUUCAUCAUAUGCUGGACACCCUAUUUCAUCGUGCAUAAUAUUAGAAUCUUUAGUAACUACACAAUAGAAGUACCGAAAACCAUCAUUAUUGGUGCUGAAACAAUUGCUCUUCUGAACAGCGCGCUCAACCCGAUUUUCUACGGAUACUUCAAUGUUCGUGUGAGAAAAGGCUUCAUCGAGAUUGUCUACAAGAAAAAGGAACUGAACCGAGACAGAACCUGCAAUGGUCUUGCCUCUGCAGACACCUCUUACAGCAGUACAAUUCUGCAUAACAUGGAACAGAAUCGACCCCAAACAUCCCAACUCGUCUUGGAAAUGUCUGAGUAUGGACACAGGAGUCCCAAUGGAGGAAGUCCCUUUUACAGGACGAGGCGGAGUCCGAGGUCGAUCAAGAGAAGAGCACAAACUAACAAUCACGUGGCCAGAUUAUGACAGGGACCAUUGUAUUGUAAGGAAUGUGGCCGUAGCUCCGAACUCUAAAAUGGUGCUAUUUUCUAUACUCCGAUUACAAAUCCAUGGGAACUGAACAGAGAUCCGAUACGGAAUGUCGCGGUGCUUCCGGUUUUUCUACUUUUGUGAUAGAAAUAUUCGUUUUGUAGAGUCAUGCUCAGAUGAAAAAACAAACGAUUAAUCUAAUUCCAUCAACACUGUUAUAGGACGACAGGAAUACCAUAUAGGAAUGUGCACAAUUCGAAACUGGACACAUGUUGGCUAGUAUGGAAUAUUUCCUAACCAGGGAAGCAUCUCCGAACGUACAAAAUGGAAUUUCAAUAAAUGUUUAUAAUUAGGGGGUGUAUAAGAAUACUGCGAAUAUUUAAAUGAUGACCAAUUAAAUGUUGAAUGUUAUUUGUGCAGUUAAAUAUGAAGAGCUUUCAGCUAGAAAUGAUUGUGUGUAUAGAUUAUCAAGCCACCUUAAGGGAUAAAUGUCCAGCUCAUUAUCUAUCGUUAAAAAUUAAAUAGAUAGCCUAAUAGAUAGCUUAUUGUGUAUGUAUAUUAAGCAUCUUUCUUUUGCUGUGGCAUUGUAAUUUAUGUGCAAUUUGUAUUAUAUUACCUUCCACUAAUAUUUAAUGAAUUACAUUGUAAAGAUGGUACAUAUAUGUAGUGUUGUUUUAACCUUUAAACGAGCUUCAAAAAUGAUAGUUUGUUAUAGAUGAGUGUGAUUUGAACAACGAAAGGCGCCAUAACGAUACAAAAUUUUUAAAGACAAAAUAUGAGCAAUGCUUAAAAAAAUAACAAACAAUAGAAAAACAGGAAACCAUUUUUUUUAAAUAUCACAAAAUAUGCCACGUUGCAUUGAUGCAAGAUAAAACUGUCUUAAAAUUCAGCAUCAUUCAAUUCCUUAUUUCUUUAUUGCAACUUAUAUGUUUAAAUUCCCACAAAAAAUGCAUUUUUAGUUCAUAUUAUUUCCUCACAAAUUUAACUUAAAUUUAAUCAAUUAAAACUUAAAAUUCACUUUAGUCCCUCAUUAAAAAUAUGUCUAUUUCGGCUUCCAACUUAAAAUUAAUUUGUAUUUUCUGUUUUAAUUAGCGUUUACAGUUGUGCUCACUUAAUUUCUAAAGCUUUAGUUCUACAGAUCACUGCAAUUACCUGGACAAGUAAAAAGGGACAAAAUGAAAACAUUAGAUCAAUAGCUAUUCAGAAUUAUUUGUUGCAAGAUUUUUAUUAAGUGUUAUUAUUAAUUGAAUCACGUAGAAAAAAUUCCAAAACAUAUUUCAGGUGUGUGUUCAUUUGUAGUACAGGUUUUCCAAUUUGAAAUAUUCAUCUUAUAAUUUUAAAGUGUUUAUUCAAUGUCCUAAAUAUUGUUCUUGAUUGAAAGCCAAUAUGUUUAGUCAGUAUUAAGGCAUCAUCAUGACAAUUUUAACUGAUGCGUAUAACACAAAAAUGUUCCCAGACAGUAUAAGUUUGCCUUAACUAAAAAAUGAAUGUGUUAGAUCUAUAAAAAUAUCAACGCUAGCUUCACCAAA